AAUGAUGGCUCGUGCUAGUUAUCUCCUUCCCCUCUUCAUAGCACUGAUACACCUCCCUUCACUAGCUUCAUCCACUUCCUAUGGUGGUAACCUCACAGCUCCUUCGUGCUACCCAGACCAUGCUGCAGCACUCCUCCAGCUCAAGCGAUCCUUCCUCUUCGACUACUCCACCACCACCCUUCCUUCAUGGGAAGCAGGCACUGACUGCUGCCUCUGGGAGGGUGUUGGCUGCGACAGCAUCUCUGGCCAUGUCACUGUUCUUGACCUCAGUGGCCGUGGCUUGUACAGCUACAGUCUUGAUGGAGCGCUCUUCAACCUCACCUCACUCCAGCGACUCGACCUGAGCAAGAAUGACUUCGGUGGAUCCCGUAUUCCGGCAGCUGGCUUUGAGAGGCUUUUGGUACUCACACACCUCAACCUUUCUUACGCAGGUUUCUAUGGACAGAUUCCCAUUGUAAUAGGCAGACUCCUGAAUCUUGUAUCCUUGGAUAUUUCUUCGGUCCAUUAUUACACUGAUGGUGAUGAAUUAGACACACUCUAUAAUGUUCUUGACAGCUAUAACCUUUUAGUCCUACAAGAACCAAGUUUCGAGACACUGGUGUCGAACCUCACAAAUUUGAGAGAGCUCUACCUUGACGGAGUGGACAUAGCCAGUGGCAGAGAAGACUGGGGCAGAACUCUUGGAAAAUAUGUUCCUCAUCUUCAGGUUCUUAGCAUGGCAUAUUGCAGCCUUGUUGGUCCUAUCCAUUACUCCAUGUCACGUCUCCGCUCUAUUGAAGUGAUCAAUCUCAAACGGAACGGAAUUUCCGGCGUGGUUCCAGAAUUCUUUGCAGAUUUUCUCAAUUUAAGAGUUCUUCAACUCAGCUUUAAUGAUUUGAGAGGCAGGUUUCCUCCCAAAAUCUUCCAGCUGAAGAAUCUGGGAGUACUGGAUGUGUCACAUAACCAUCAACUCUCGGGGCAUGUUCCAAAAUUUCUCUAUGGGAGCACCCUGGAAACUUUGAAUCUACAGGAUACCCUUUUCUCUGGUGUCACUCUGAGCUACUUUGGCAAUCUCACAUCUUUGACAGAUCUGGGAAUAGAUGGAAAAUCAAUUGUUACGGAGCAUCCCUAUCUUUUUGUAAACAAGCUGGGCCAUAUUAGUACCUUGCGACUCUCUUUGAUAAAUCUUUCAUGGGAGUUAGGGUCAAGUUUCUCAUGGAUUGGUGAUCUCCAGAGCUUGACAACAUUGAAACUGUCUGAUUGCUACUCCACCAAGACAAUGCCCUCCUGGAUUGGAAACCUCACCAAUUUGAGAAGCUUGGAUAUCAGAAAACUUAAGAUUCCUGCAAAUAUCCUACAAUUAUCAUGGUUUAUCUGGUCCUAUAACACCGGCUAUUGGACAUCUCAACAAGUUGGAAGUAUUAAUAUUGGGAGAUUGCAGCUUCUCUGGGAGAAUACCAAAUACAAUUGCCAACAUGACUAA